AUGAUCAACACAAACACCUUUACAUACUUUCCAGAAUCGGUACCGAACAUAAUGUUAGAUGAUAGUGAGGACCAUACGGAAACCAGUUCUCUUGCCAGUUCAAAUCAAUCCUCAUUAUUCGAUCCACUCGAGUCUGCUAAAACCAUAGACAAUAUUUUCGAUGAAUUUUUGGAAAUCGACGGAAGACGUUUUAUGAAUGAUAGCUCGUUAAAAUGCUGUAUGCCCAGCGACAGAGAAGAGGCAGAAAGGUUAUAUGGAUUGCAUUGUGUAUAUAGAAUGUUAUGGGGUAACAACUUUUCUGCACCCCUUGAUGAGGAGUUAUCUUUCGGAGCCAAUGUUCUCGAUGUCGGGUGCGGUUCAGGAGCAUGGAUGCUAAACAUGGCUUCAGACUAUCCUCUUUCGACGUUUGUGGGAAUAGAUAUAGCUCCUUUGUUCUAUGACGACGGUCCAGCCAAUACCGCGUUUUUCCAAUGUAACAUCCUGGAUGGUCUACCAUUUCCAGAUAACACGUUUGAUUUUGUUCGACAAGGAUUUCUCGUAGUUUGCAUCGAUUGGCAUGCAUGGAAGGAUAAAGUGGUCAAAGAAUUAAUCAGAGUGACUAAACCUGGAGGGUACAUCGAACUCAUGGAAUUGGAUUAUCCAUUCUUUCAGCCAGGAGUUAUCGCUCAGAAAUUUAAUGAUUGUGUGUAUCAUUUUAGCGAUGCAGGAAUUAAUACCCAUUCCAGUAAAAAUAUAGACACGGCAUUUAGUGAACAUAAUACUGUUACUAUAGUCUCGCAAGAAGAAAAAAUACUACAUUAUGAGAGUCGAAUUGGAGAUAUUGCAUUGAUAUACGAGAAGAAAGGUUUUGAAUCAAUGAAAAUCUUCAUGACUCCGCUUCUUGGGAUUACAGACGAUGAGUUUAAUCAAUUGUUG